GAAACUGAUUGGAUUCGACUUCCUUACCACACUUUGCUGUCCUUGCUUAACAGACUCGGGUAUGUGGCACUGAGUUGACAUUAAUCUGGCAGCCGAGUUUGGGAAUUCAAAAUGAGCCUUUUACACAUCCGCCUGUGUUUGACAUCCUUGCUAUUAUGGGUCAGUUAUAAGUCUGGUGCGUUUGUGCUGGCUAAUGUCACCGACCUGACGGUGAACCCAACAGCCGAGGUCAACCCUGAGGGGAGAACGUUUUUCUCGGCCCCCGGGACUCCCCGCAGUAGACGCAAGCGGCAGAUCUCACCGAGAGACCGCAACGUGAUUCUGGAUUAUCACAACAGGGUUCGCUCGCAGGUCUUCCCUCCAGCCGCUAACAUGGAGUACAUGCUCUGGGAUGACAGAUUAGCAAAAUCUGCUGAGGCAUGGGCAGCGUAUUGUAGAUGGGACCAUGGACCACCAAGCUUGAUGAGAUAUGUUGGUCAAAAUAUGUCUAUUCAAUCAGGCCGCUACCAGUCAAUUUUAGAUCUGGUAAAAUCAUGGUAUGAAGAAGGGCGUUAUUACUCCUUUCCUUAUCCGAGAGAAUGCAGUCCACGAUGCCCCAGUAAAUGUAGUGGAGCAGUUUGCUCCCACUAUACUCAGAUGGUCUGGGCAACGUCAAAUAGAAUAGGAUGUGCUGUCCACACCUGCAGUAACAUGAAAGUCUGGGGUUCUUUAUGGCCCCGCGCUACAUUCUUAGUGUGCAACUAUUCAAUAAAGGGUAACUGGAUUGGAGAAGCUCCAUAUAAAACUGGGAAACCAUGUUCAGCUUGCCCACCCAGCUAUGGAGGCUACUGUAGUAACAAUCUUUGCAUUCCAGGAAUCAUGUCCAAUAGGUUGUUCCUAUUCAAGUAAUUUAUGUUUUGUACAAUUUGUUGACAGUGGUUAAAAAAUUAAUACGAGUAUCUGGUUUCCUACUUGCAACUAAUGCAUGAACUGCUGGUUUAAUGAAAAUGAUAAUCAGGAAAAAAGAGCUCUAACUAUUGCCUUAAAAAGCACAUGGGACAUGUUUAUUCAAAAUAUUAAUAUUACUGUUCAAAAAUAAUGUAUUUUCUUAUGAACGAGAUCAUUACCUCUGACAAAUCAGGAAAGAUUUUCAGACUUUUGAAAAAGCGGUUUUGAUUUUACACAAGUUUAUUUUAAAAGAAACACAUCAUAAAUCUGAAUUGUUUCUGUUUUCCCAUAUCCCAGGCAACCAGUAACAGUGGCAAUGACUCAGUCAGUGCCAAUGUAAGCAAAAGGUUCUGGAUGGCAUAGUUAACAGAGGACUGUUAAGUAUAUUUACAAUUAUGUGUGUGUUAAAACAUGAGUGGAAAUUUUUGUAUCCUCAUGGAGGGGUAGCCACUCAACUCUUUGCUCCAUACGAAUGUACAAUUUGUUCAGUUACAGCAUACAGGAAAGAGGUUUAAAGGGAAUAAUCUCCAGCUACAUCACAUAUUGCAUUGCAGUCCAUGAAAAUUUCAGUAUGUUAAACUUAAUAGAAUAUGUCAAAUCUAAACUAAUCUUUCAACUACAAAGACCAUGAACAAUUUACUUAAAUAGAAGUUCCAAAAGCACAACACAAUGAAAAGUGCAAAUCCAGAUUGCCCUCUAUUGGACAUAUCACAACACUACUGAUAUCUCAAGAUGAUCUUUGCUAAACUGAAGCAAUUGAGCCUUGACUAAACUGCUUUUUAUUUUACUUUGUUUUUUUACCAAAGGUAUUCGUAGCCUCCCAGUUAAGUAGAAAACCAAUAAUUAAAAUACAAUUCUCUAAAUAAAAGGCAUCAGCAAUGGAAAUGAAAACAUGCCAUCUGUUGCAGUUUCAGUAUUACUAUAGCUGUACUGAGAUUAAGUGCAUUUCAAGACCUGCAGUUUGGACAUUUGUACAGCUGCUACAUGUGUCAAUUGGACCUGUCCUUUACGACUGAAUAAAGCUUAAAUUAUCAUAAUUUAAAGAUUUACUGUCAUCAAGAAUGUUUGGCUUUACAAUUAUGAAUUAUUCAUGAGACCAAGUAGUGGAACUAGGUAUACUCACUUUGUACCCCAUGUCAAGACAGUCAGCUGGAUCUUGCUCAGCUAGCAAUGCACCACCUGAUUUCAAAAUGUACAAUAGUGGUCUUUAGAUUAUUAAUUUCCUCAUUGAUGUUCAUAUUAUGAUGAUGCAACAAAAUAAUUUAGGGUGAGAUAGAUUAAAUAGUUGUAGCUAUGUCAAUAGAAUCAUUUUAAUCCAUUGCUUUUUGUAAUCUUAAACUGAGCAGCGACAAUUUGAGGUGCCCCUUAGAAACAUCUUCUACCUCAGGAUAUUAUGCUUAGUUGAGCUUAGAGUCAGUUUGACAGUUUGUCAGGGAGUUUCUAUCAUUACUUGAAUCAUUAAUGACUCCCCUCCCCACCCCACUCCACUAACUCCUCUAUCCCACCACUUGUCGUCAUCAUCAUCAUUUAUGUUUAAGUGCAUUGUCUGAGGAGUUUAUUCUCCGGAUCAUAUCUUGAAUUGCCACUAUAAAGGUAAGUCUAUCUUGCAAAUCAAAACCUCUUCACAAAGAAAACAGAAACUACAAAUUCUAGAAAGAUGAAAUGCCAACGAAAAAGCCAGAAAGAUACACACAUUGGGUCGUAUGUCAUCCCACCCACCUCACCACCCCCAUGCCAGUUUUGGUGAUAGGGAUAGCAUUUAUUUGAGUGGAAUAGUGAUAGGUAGAGAGCACUUGCUGCUAUGCUGCUGCCACUCAGAUUAAGUCCAUGGUGGAAAGACUUGUGGAUGUCUUUCCUGGCCUGCAACCAACUGAGGCACUUAAAUGAAAAAUUACAAUUCACUUAAAGACCUUCUCCAUCUGCCACCAAUAUUAAACCAUUGAGGAAUUCAACAAGUAAACUCAUGUGGGGUUGCUUGAGGUCUGUUAGGGAAGUAGUCCUUCAUUCAUGCACGCAGUCUCUGAUGAGGGGACCCAGCAUUAGGAAAAGGGUGCCUGUUAAAAAGCCAUCACCACCCCUUGCUUCUGCUCCCCUACAGCCCUCCUCUUUAUAAACCCCACCCAGUGAAACCUUGCCUGUCCUCACUUAAACGAAACGUCAGCUUUUGUGCUCCUAAGAUGCUGCUUGCCUGCUGUGUUCAUCCAGCUCCACACUUUGUUAUUUCACUUACCAGUUAACUGGAUUGCUUCAUGAUCGUGGGUCUGCUGUGGACGAGACAUUGACAGUUCCUGUGAUAGUGUGCCACUUCGCUGUAACACUGAUGAGCAAAAAGAAGCACCGGGCUCAAAUUAGCUGGUAGCUCAGAGUGGCAGGGUUUCCCAUCUCCUGAGUUCCUGAUUCCAUGGAGUGCUUACCUUUGACUGGCUGAUUGCCUGUUUGACAGAACUUCCCCCAAGGAAGGGAGCCCGGGUGUCCUGUAGCAUCAGACAGCUGUGACCCCUGUUGCUCCCAUAAGAUUCUCCCCAAGUAGAUUUACCAGCAUCUGCAAGGAAAUAAGAGAAUGUCAUAUUUCCAAUGUGGGCCCUUCAUCAAAAAUGGACACUGGAAAUUAAGUUCUUUUUGAGUUUAAAUGCCAUCUUAAUGGACUGAAUGACUUA